ACUGUGUGAAAUCUCAUGUAAUCAGAGGGGUCAGAGCAGUACAGCACAUCAGUACAGUACAACAAAUGACACAGUGGGUUCACGUCUAAAGCCAUAACGUUAAUCAUUAUGUAGUGAACUGCUAAGUAUGAUAAUGGAUUUGCUUAAAGUGGAGUGGAAGAAGGGGACGGAGAGGGAGGGAGAGAGAGAGAGAAUGUGAGGGAUGGAUGAAUAGAUAUAGGGAGCAAAGAGAGAGAAAGUAACAGAUGGGCGCGUGAGGAUUAAUUCAAAUCUGGGUGUAUUUGUGUUAGAAACUCACCCAAGAAAGACGAGCGUGAGAGUGAGGGAGAAAAGGUGAAGAAAGUGAAUAUGGUAGAGAGGACGAAGGAGUGUAGAGGGUCGAUGUCUUUGAAGGCCUUAUAUGAUGAAAAGCUCUCUGCCUGAUUGCCUCAGUUCAAUGACUGCCUUGAUUUACCUCGUUAAUCAUCACAAGUCGUUAUCGAGGGACCACAGCUGGAUCAGCGUGUAAAGGGUGGAGGAAUAUCGAGAGGACUCGUUGGAGUAGAGCAUGACAGAGGCUAGAGGCUAGCUAGCCCUCAUCCACAUCCAAUCCAUCUGUCUCGCUCAACCGCAAUUCCCUAAUCCCACUCCCCAAAACCAUCCCUCUGUCAAUCCCCCUCCCCACUCCCAUUUCUCCACUCUAUAUCUCUCCAUUCCAUUCCCCUCAUUCUGCCGUGUCAUUGAGUCCCCCCACAGUUCCCACCUCACCUCAUUGUCAAUGCCCUCACUCUAGCUGGUCUCUCCUCAGUCCUCUGUCAUCCCUGCGUCUGUCCUCUAACCAGCACCCUCACCCUGUUUCACCAUCCUUCGCCUCAAGCUCCUCUUGAGACACCCCGUCUCUCCCCGUCUCUCGCUUCUCUUUCCAGCCUGUCUCCCACCUCUCUGUCUCUCUAUAGGAGGGGCAUCAUUUCUUCUCACAGUGGCCCUCGCCCCACUCCCAUAAUCCACCAUGCUGGAGAACAUGUCACGAUGCAACCGCUCCCUGCUCUCCCUGUCCCUGACCUCGCUGGCCCUGGCACUGUCCAUCCUGGCCUUCUGCACCUCGUACUGGUGCGAGGGGACCCACAAGGUUGUCAAGCCCCUCUGCCUCUCCCCGGUCAAGUUGAAGAACUGUGGGCAGAACAACAGCCAGCCCUACACCACAGAGAGUCCCACUCUGGACCCCAAGAAGCCGGCAAACAACGUCACCUUGUCGCCCCAGGAAAAGGAAGAGCAGGCGAGGCGUCGGAAAAAGGCCCUCGCCAACGCGGUGCACUACAUCUGGGAGACGGGCGAGGACAAGUACAUGCUGCGCUACUUCCACACAGGUUUCUGGUUGUCCUGCGAGGCACACAAUGAGGAGGAGAGGUGCCGAAGCUUCAUUGAAUUGACUCCAGGAGAGACGCAAGGGGUGCUGUGGCUGUCAGUAGUAUCAGAGUUUGCGUACAUAGGCCUGUUGGCCAUGGGCUUUCUCCUCAUGUGGGUGGAGGUGCUGUGUCUCUGUGCCCGUAAGGAGAUGUACGCUCUCAAGAUCAACGCAUUUGCCGCUAUAUGCACGGUCCUUUCAGGUCUGAUGGGAAUGGUGGCUCAUAUGAUGUACACCACAGUGUUCCAGUUGACUGUGAGCAUUGGGCCAAAAGAUUGGAGACCACAAACCUGGGACUACGGCUGGUCAUUUGCUCUGGCCUGGAUCUCCUUCAGCUGCUGCAUGGCGGCGGCUGUCUUCACCCUCAACUCCUACACCAAGACGCUGAUAGAGAUGAAGCACCGCGCCCGUGUUCGUCUGGAGGAGGCCCGGGCGGCCAUCCAGGCACCCUCCUAUGACGAGGUGCUGCAGGCGGACGGGGGCAUCUACUCAGUCAGCAGCCUGCUCCAGCACUGCCAUCAGGGGGCGUUGAACGACCCCAUGUGUGGGGGAAGGGGGCCGCUGGUGGGCCCGGGGGUUCCAGACCCCAGAGGGCUGGUGGUGAUGGCUGGUGGCUGUGGGACAGAGGGGUGCGAGGACUGCGAGAGGGAGAUGGACGAGAUUGAGGAUGCCCUAGACAGGGAAGAGAGGGAGGAGAUGGAGAGAGAGGACUGUGAGAGGUGCUGAGGGAAGGGAGGAGGUUCUGGCCAUCUGAAACUUUUUUCUUUUUUUUAACUGUGAAAUGGACUGUUCUUGAUUUCAGUCAUUUCAGUGAUAACUAUUUCAGUACCUCCAUCCAUGCAUUAAAUCUGAGUAGCUAAAGCUCUGUAAAACCAAACACAGAGAGUGAUAUGUAUUGUCCGGGUAGAGGUCAAUAUAGACAAUCACUAAGAAAUGCCUGGCAUAGGCCACAUUUAACAUGUAUAAUAUAGCUCACUUUUAUUCUAUGUCUUUAUGUUAACCCUGUUAUUACUAUCCUGAUAUUGAUCGUAACUGUUCAUCAUUGGCGGCAGCGUAGCCUAGCGGUUAGAGUGUUGGACUAGUAACCGAAAUGUUGCAAGAUUGAAUCCCCGAGCUGACAAGGUACAAAAUCUGUCGUUCUGCCCCUGAACAAGGCAGUUUACCCACUGUUCCUAGGCCGUCAUUGAAAAUUAGAAUUGGUUCUUAACUGACUUGCCUAGUAAAAUAAAGGUAAAAUAAAAUAAAUAAAAAUCAUGUCAGUUUUCAUGUCAUGUCAGUUCUUCUACAUAAACUGGACAGAUCUUGGGAAUUGUCUGUUAGGACAACUGUCUCAAUAUCUCCAGUUGAUGCCCAAAAAUAGAGGAUUUUAUCUUGUAGUUAAAUGAAGAGUGAUUCAAAGAUUACAUUAAAAAACACAGGGAGCUUUGGAGGUUAAGACAGAUGCUUUCAAAUGCAGAAGAUUAUGUCAAUAAUCUCCCCAGUCACAGGUGCAAGAGAGAUAGAGAGAUAGAGUCUAUGCCUUCGCUAUGGCGAAUCACUAAAACACAAUAAAGAAAUACACUAUGGAAAAUAAGUAGCAGCGCGUCAGAAAACAGAAUGUAAUUGAAGAAUCCAUAGACUCUAACCACUUCUGGGAAAAUUGUUAUCUAAAAUUGUUAUCUUGGCCCUAUAACAAAGAACAAACAGCAAAACCAUAUACAUGAUCAAAUACAAAUCUUAGAAUCAACUAUUAAAGACUACCAGAACCCACUGGAUUCUCCAAUUCCAUUGAAUGAACUACAAUGAACUACAAAAUACAAACCCUCCAACUCAAAAAAGGCCUGUGGUGUUGAUGGUAUCCUAAACGAAAUGAAAGAAUAUACAGAACAAAUUCCAAUUGACUAUACUUAAACUCUUUAACAUCAUCCUUAGCUCUGGCGUAUUCCCCAAUAUUUGGAACCAAGGACUGAUCACCCUAAUCCACAAAAGUGGAGAC